AUGGCCCCGCUGGCUCCGGAGGCACCGGUGUCCGGCUCGGCUGCUGAGGUCUCCAAAGCUCAGGAGCCCCUAGUCUCCCAGGCUAAGGUAACGAUGCCGCCUCCUCCCCCUCCUACUGCACCGCUGGCUCCAGGUCCUUCUGCCUCCCCUGACGUCUUGGAGUGCGCUCUUUCUGAGAUGACCCGGCUGCGAGAAGACCUUCAGGGCGCCGACCCCCACCUGGUAGCUGGGCAUGUGGAGCUAGUCUCUGGCUGGCUUCAUUCUGAUGUGUCCGUUCGGGCGGUGCUGAGCCAUGCCGUGGCGACCUCCGAGAAGGAGAAGCAGGCCACCGCCCAGGCAGCGGCCGCUCGCAAGGCGGCACUGAAGGAAGUCGAGGCCGCCAAGAAUCGCUGCCAGGUGCUGGAGGCUGAGGGCCGCGACGCCGAGCUGGAGGAGUUGGCGAAAGCGCAGGCCGCGGAACGCAGCCGGCUGAAGAAGCUGGAACAGAAGGUGGAGGCGGGGAAGGCUGAUCUUGACGCCAAGGCGAAGGUCCUGGCUGAGCACCGCGAGGCCUUCAAGCUCCUCGAGUUGAGGGCUCGGAAGGCGCUGCAGUCGCUGCAGUCGCUCUACGAGAAGGGCUUGAAGGAGCUGCUGGCCACCAGCAACGAGGGCCCUGCCCAGCUGCUUCCUUAUCUGGUUGAUGCGCUUGAGGACGUCGUGAGCGGUAUCGGCCCCAUGGCAGAGGGGGAAGCCCGCGUUCUUUCCUCGGCCGCGUUGACGCGCGUGCUCAGCAACCUCCAUCUUCGUGACCCCACCGCCCGCCUUGACGAGCUGCUGGAGGCUGUGGACGACAAGCACUGCGCAGCUGCCGCCGCAGCCGUGAAGGGCCAGGUGGAGGCCCGGCUGGAGAAGAUCUGCGCCUUUGCUCCCGCGCCUUCGACCGGUGGUGCUACUGAUCCCGCCACUCCGGUAGGCGGUGCAGGUGAAGGCGAUGCCACCAAGGAAGGAGCAUCCCUUGCAGGCGACAGCAGUGUCCAGGGAUGA